CCCUCCUCCCCUGGUCUAAUAGGGACAUAGUAUUGGCGGGCACUUAUAAAAGUCUCUGGCUCAGACAGACACAGAAGGACGUCCUGCAGGAGAGACUAGAAGGCAGCAAGUCCUGAGAAAGACCAUGGCCAAGGAGUGGGGCUACGCCAGCCACAAUGGACCUGAUCAUUGGCAUGAAAUUUACCCAAUUGCUAAGGGUGACAACCAGUCCCCUAUUGAACUACAUACCAAAGACAUCAAGCAUGAUCCCUCUCUGCAGCCUUGGUCUGCCUCUUAUGACGCAGGUUCUGCAAAAACCAUUUUGAACAAUGGAAAAACCUGCAGAGUUGUGUUUGAUGACACCUAUGAUAGAUCAAUGCUAAGAGGGGGGCCACUCACUGCACCCUAUCGACUGCGUCAAUUUCACCUUCACUGGGGCUCAUCUGAUGAUCAUGGCUCAGAGCACACCGUGGAUGGAGUGAAAUAUGCUGCUGAGCUUCACAUGGUUCACUGGAAUCCCAAAUAUGGUACUUUUGGAGAAGCUUUGAAACAACAUGAUGGAAUCGCUGUCGUGGGCAUUUUUCUGAAGAUAGGACGUGAGAAAGGAGAAUUUCAGAUAUUUCUUGAUGCAUUGGACAAGAUUAAGACUAAGGGCAAAGAUGCUCCUUUCACACAUUUUGACCCAUCCUGUCUUUUCCCUGCUUGUCGAGAUUAUUGGACUUAUCACGGCUCCUUCACUACUCCUCCUUGUGAAGAGUGCAUUGUCUGGCUUCUUUUGAAGGAACCCAUAACUGUGAGCUCUGACCAGAUGGCCAAGCUCAGAAGCCUUUGCAUCAGUGCUGAGAAUGAGCCUCCCGUGCCCAUGGUGGAUAACUGGCGCCCUCCUCAGCCUCAGAAGGGCAGAAUUGUGAGAGCCUCCUUCAAGUAAGGCCAUCUUUGAAAUGGCUGGAAAGCAAGGGAACCAGUCCCAGAAUCAAUGCUUAGUUAAGUGUGCACCUUCUAUUACUGCUCUAUACUCAAAGCAGAUUUUCUUUUUCCAAGUGUAAAACUGAGCAAAAAAAAAAAGUCACAAAUCGCUGAUCAUCACUAUCUAGGGAAGGAUAAGUGAACGCUUGAAGUCUCUAACCUUAAAAAGAAAAAAAAAGGAAAGUUCAUGCUUGAUUCUUUGUAAGAACUUUCUUUAACAAUAAUGAAAAGUUAACACAUCUAGAAACUUUUUUUAAGAGGAGAAAGGAGAGGAAAAGAGAAGUUGUAAUUGAUGGCUGGCCAAAUAUUUUCUUACCAGCCUUUAACUUUGUUUUCGGUUUUACUGUAUUGAUACUAUGAGUUUUCAGUCUUCACAGAAGUAUGAAUAAUCGACCAUGUACCAUAGCAGCAUGUGAAGAGCAAAUCAUCACAAAAUGCCAGGGUCAAUUAAAUUGGUACAAAAUUGGUACAAAUUGUAACAAUGUUUUGAAAUUUUAAAUGAAAAUAUAAGUGAAACACAAAAAUCUGGAGAAAAAAAUAAUUAGCAGCUACUCUAAUUGGUGUUGGGUUAAUUAUCAAAGUUAACUAUCCAAAGAAAUGAAAAUCCCUGGAUUAAUCCUAGCAUUAUUUUCAUUGGUGUUUCUUCUUUAUAAUGGUGAAUGAUUUUUAUAUAGACUUUCCUGCCCAGCAUGAGGGCUAUGGAGCUUUACUCCUCCUUCUACCUUAUCUUUGCCAUGCCUAUACACAGCUGACUAUGAUAGACUUCUGGCUUCUGUGGUCUCGCUAAUCUCCUUACUGCACCAUACAGGAUUGUAUGAUUGUGCCUGGAAGAGUAACUAUGUCACUGAGUGCCAACCCAAAUAAGAGCUCAUAUUGAAAAUAA